CAUUGUUCUCGCGCCGCUAGGCGCUGAGGUCCCGGUCCGCUGUCCGGCUUCCCCCAAACUCGUGAGCUCUGGCCGGGUCUCUCCGUGGCUCACGGCAGCACUCACCCUGGCCCCGGGAAGGAGCUUGAGAAGAAACUCCGGAAAUGGGAAGAUUAGAUGGGGCUUGACCUCUGCUGGGCUGCCCCCAGCGCCAGGACUUCUCCCACCGCCGAGCAGAGAAGGUGACUGCCGAUCUCUCUCUGAGAGAGGCCAUGGCCCUGGCCCCCUGGGGCCCAGUGACGGUGAAAAAGGAGGAGGAAGAGGAGGAAGACUUCCUAGGCCAGGCAUCUGGCCCACAGGUGCUCUCUGAGAACAUGCAAGUCUGGCCCCCCGGCGAGGACCCUCGGAGAGGCCUUGCUGCGGCAGAGCAGGAGGAAGAGGGUCAGAACAUGUUCUGGGACAUGGCGGUAGUCCUGAAGGCAACGCCGGAGGCGCCUGCCGCCGCAGCCCUUGGCAGCCACUCGUUACUAGGGAAUCUGGCCAGGAGCGAGGCACUGGAGACUCAUGGGAACGUGGCCUCUCUGGGAGCUGAGACCAAGCACCCACAGUUACUGGUUCCAAAAACUGAAAUGUGUGAUGAAGCAGAAAAGCCCUUCCUGAUACCAGGAAGACUCCAGAAAGCUGCCUCUCAGGGUCCGGAGUUAGAAGGAAGGUGUGAGAGAGGGGCCACACUGAAGAGGCAGAGGAUAAAGAGGGAGAAGAAGGACUUGAGACACGUGGCCGUGAAGGACUGUCUCGUUCCCGAAAGCUUCAAAGAGGAGGAAGAGCAGGAACGUCAGAAACCCGGGGAGAGAUGCCGCCUCGGUUCUGGCCCCGUUCGGAACCAGAGAAGCCAGCCGGGGCAGAAACCCUUCACCUGCAGCGUGUGUGGGAAGGGCUUUAGCCAGAGCGCCAACCUGGUGGUGCACCAGCGCAUCCACACUGGGGAGAAGCCCUUCGAGUGUCACGAGUGUGGGAAGGCCUUCAUUCAGAGCGCCAACCUCGUCGUGCACCAGCGAAUCCACACCGGGCAGAAGCCCUACGUGUGCGCCAAGUGUGGGAAAGCCUUCACGCAGAGCUCCAACCUGACGGUGCACCAGAAGAUCCACUCCUUGGAGAAGACCUUCAAGUGCAGCGAGUGUGAGAAAGCCUUCAGUUACAGCUCCCAGCUCGCCCGGCACCAGAAGGUCCACAUCACGGAAAAGUGCUACGAAUGUAACGAGUGUGGGAAGACAUUUACUCGGAGCUCCAACCUCAUCGUCCACCAGAGGAUCCACACCGGGGAGAAGCCCUUCGCCUGCGGCGACUGCGGCAAAGCCUUCACCCAGAGCGCCAAUCUUAUUGUGCAUCAGCGAAGCCAUACCGGUGAGAAGCCAUAUGAGUGUAAAGAGUGUGGGAAGGCCUUCAGUUGUUUCUCGCACCUGAUCGUGCACCAGAGAAUCCACACUGCGGAGAAGCCGUACGACUGCAGCGAGUGUGGAAAAGCCUUCAGCCAGCUCUCUUGCCUUAUCGUGCACCAGAGGAUUCACAGCGGAGAUCUUCCCUACGUGUGUAACGAGUGUGGGAAGGCCUUCACCUGCAGCUCGUACCUGCUCAUUCAUCAGAGGAUCCAUAACGGGGAGAAGCCGUACACGUGCAGCGAGUGCGGCAAGGCCUUCCGGCAGAGGUCGAGCCUCACCGUGCACCAGCGGACGCACACCGGGGAGAAGCCCUACGAGUGUGAGAAGUGCGGCGCGGCCUUCAUCUCCAACUCGCACCUCAUGCGGCACCACAGGACCCACCUGGCCGAGUGACGGGUCAGGGGCGCGGCCACCUCUGCGGUUUCCUUCCUCCCGUGUGCCAGUGAGGCCUGCUCUGUCCUUGAACAUGACGUCUGUCAGGAGUGCAGCACAGAACACAAGCAUUUCAGAGGCAGGUGUUCGGAAAAUGGAAACAAAGCUCCCACAGGCAAGGCCUUUGUUGUUAACUGUCCCUUUGGCGGUCGUGUCGCCUGCAAGAGAAUGUGGCUUUCUCAGAAAUGGGUCCUGUGAAGCUAGGUGAUAAAGGUCCCAUUUGGGGAAAGGUAAUUUUAAGCUAACUUUUGUUUUUUUUAAACUGGUAAUUUCACUGGGGUAGCAACCCAGCAACAGCUCACCUAUGAAUAUUUAUAAGCUUUCCGUUCCCUUGGUAAUCAAAGCAUUUUCACAAGCCUGUUUACUGUCUGCUGCUCCUAAAAUGGACAGAAGUGAGAAAACCGCUGUUGCCCUCGUCAUCUGUACCUCAUGAACCCUGAGGUGGUGGAGCUGUGGGGACCCCUGGUGAGUCUCUCCGGACUGUCCCCCAGUCUGCGUGGCCGAGCACCUGAGGCUGGAUGGAGGCAGCACGCUGGGGCCACUUCGCACGUCUCCCCACGACCCCCGCUCCUCCUGUGUUCCGUCUGGUGAGACACUCCCCUCGGCCCUUUCCCAGGGAGAGGAGUCUCCGGAGAAGCUGGCCUGGAGGCGGUCGUGUUUUCUCCGCAGUCUAGACGACACCCCACUUUCUGGACGGCUUCAAGAGGGAGAAUGGGGUCCUCCUAACUCCGAGGGGAUCGAGGAAGGAAGUGAAAGGAGAGGGAGGGGUCGGGGUGGGGUUUGUAAGGUCUUUGUUUGUUUUUGAGAAGUUCAGAGGUAUUGGAAUAUGAAAAUUUUUAGAAGGAUGAAGAAACUGUCUAAGGUAAGAUACCUGUUGCCACUGAGCCUUUACUCUUGGGGAAUUAUUUAUGAAACUAUGCAGUAGGUAGAGCUACGUAACAUUGCCUUGUAUUUAUAUGGAACUUGACUUCGCUGGUGCACCUUCACGAAUAGCAUCAGACACCCAGCACUUAUCUCAUGCUUCAUGGAGGUCAUUCCCUUAGUCCUUGCAGCACUGAGCGAGGCGUUCACCCCAUUCGCCUGGGAGCGGUCAUUUAAAGCAAGGCCACGCGACAAGUGACAGCCUGUAUUCAAAUCCACACCCACGCCCAGAUUCUGUUUGUUCUGCCCCGAUGCUCAUCCAGCCACCUGCAAUGCCCACCUGUAAUCCCCACCCAGACCUGCGGAAAGACAAGAAAGGGUGUGUGGUCUCAUUUUUAGGUCAGGAAGCUGAGGUGACAGAUUUUGGGGUGUGCCUUAAGCAGUGUGACCGGCAGACAGCAAAUCUAAGACUGGAAUGUAAGUCUCUUGACCUCUGGGUCUGUCCACCACCACCUUUUAGCAUGCAAGAGCAUUUAUCGUGAAUGCCGCACCUGGUGGUCAGCAGUUUGGGGCAACUCCACGUGCAGAAGGCCCGUGCUCUGACUGUCUCGUUUCCGCAAGACCGAGUGUUAGUCGCCAUGGUGUUUGGUAACUUACAGAGCACUUUCACAUGCAGAAGGCAUGCACAAGAAAGCUUGCUGAUUUCCUCCUUUUCACCUUCAGCCACAGUCUUUCAUCAAAGCACGUGCAAAUUCUUUUCCCCACAUCACCCUGAAUCAAACGGACACAAACAUGAGAAAUCAGAAUUGAAUAGUAAGAAUCAAAAAUGCCCAAGUUGUCACUAACCCUGGCAGUGACUGUUUGCGUCUCCCCCUCUGGGAGUGGAGAGAGAACACCACGUGUCUGCUGAGAUAGGAACAAGUUAAGAGUCCCCCCACCCCAGCAUGAUCAGGGAGCUCAAAAAAGGGAGAGCAGGUGUGAAGUUCAGGACGCAUCAGGGACUGACCUACCAAGAGCCUGAUGCUAUACUUUCCUGGAAGCUGUCACCUGGACGUGUGAGCGUUAGGUCAACUGUGUUCAGCUGUACAUUGUGUAUUCAUCCUCAUGCUAGUCAUGCACGAUUGUAGUUUACUGGCAGAAGAGUUCCAUUCACAGGUGGUUCAGAAGAGCCACGGGGGGACUGUGCCAUUACGCUGGUUUGGGGAUCCGUGACCCGGCCCUGCGGUAAAGCAGCGGUUUUCAGCCUUGACUGCAUGUCACCUAGGGCUCUUACAUUUUUUCCUCUUCCUAAGUGUAUUUUGUGGAUUAUGCUAUUACAGUUGUCCCUUUCUUUUCUCUUUUGUCCCCCUCUGCUUAGUACCCCCAUUCCUUCCAGCAAU